AUGCCUAAAUGGGUCUUCAACUGCAACGCCGGCGUCUUCACCGCCGCCGAAAAGAAACAAAUCGCCGAGGGCAUGACAAAGCUCUACACCAGCGUCGGUCUACCCGCAUUCUACUGCCACACGCACUUCAUCGAGCUCGCCCCCGAAAACAUGUACGCCGGCGGCGAGACGCCCAAAGCCCUGACGACCGUCUCCAUCUACCACAUUGCGCGCGGCUUCGAUACCCCGCAGGUCGAGGCUUUCUUCUUCAAGGCUCUGGAUGAUAUAUUGAGGCCCAUCUUGAAGCCAAAGGGGGUCGAGUGGGAGUCUGGGAUUCAUGAGGCGAGGAGGGAGUUGUGGAGGAUUAAUGGGCUUGUGCCGCCUGAGACGGGAUCGGAGAUGGAGAAGAAGUGGGCUGAGGAAAAUCGGGUUACGGAUGAGGAAGCUUUGUUCAAAGUUCAGAAACUUUCUAGAUUGUGA